ACUGGUCACAGGACUGGGCGACUGGGCGGGCACUGAAGCUCCGCGAAGAAGGCGAGCUCGGGGAGAGAGAUCUGGAGCAGCAUGGAGUCCGCUGCAGACAGACUAGCCAGGGCGGCGGCCCAGGGCCGCGUGCACGAGGUGCGGGCACUGCUGGAAGCCGGGGUUUCGCCCAACGCCCCGAACUCUUUCGGUCGCACCCCGAUUCAGGUGAUGAUGAUGGGCAACGUUCAUGUUGCAGCUCUUCUGCUCUUCUACGGUGGAGAUUCGAACUGCGAGGACCCCACCACCCUCUCCAGGCCGGUGCACGACGCAGCGCGGGAAGGCUUCCUGGACACGCUGGUGCUGCUGCACCGGUCAGGGGCGCGGUUGGAUGUGCGCGAUGCCUGGGGUCGCCUGCCUCUCGACUUGGCCCAAGAGCGGGGGCACCAAGACGUCGUGCGAUAUUUGUGUUCCGCUGGGUGGUAUUUGCGUUCUGCUGGGUGGUAUUUGAGUACCGCUGGGAACGUCGCCCAGGCCGACGGGCAUAACUUCAGCUCCAGCACGCCCAGGUGCCUGGGACUUCGCGGCCAAUCCCAAGAGCAGAGCUAAAUCCGGCCUCAGCCCGCAUUUUUCUCCUUAGCUUCAUUUCUAGCGAUGCUAGGGUGUCUAGCAUGUGGCUUCUAAAAAUACAUAAUAAUGCUUUUUGCAAUCACGGGAGGGAGGGGAGGGAGGGGGCAGAGGGAGGGCCCUGGAUGGGAAAGGAAUGGGAUGAGAAACUGAGCGAAGGCGGCCGCGAAGGGGGAUAAUGGCUGGAUGGUUUAAAAAAAAAAAAAAUAAAGAUGCUUUUAAAAAUGUC